CUAUUCAGAGCACACGGGACCGGGAUAAAGCUAAACCCUCGAAGACGUUUCCCUUCACCGCAUUUGUUUGCAGCCCCUUUGUCUCCCGCAGACACGCCUGGGGCUCUCUCCAUCCCUCUGCCUCCCCAGCCGCCGGGCGGGUCCGGGUCGCCCCUCUCUCCCGAAGCUUUGCCCGGGCUGUCGGGGGGCUCCGGCAGAGAAGGCGGCGGCUGGGCUGUGGCAGGACCCGGCGGUGCCGGGGGGGGCUCGGCCGGUCCCGCGCGCCUCUCCCAGCCCCCGCAGGCAGGGGAGACGGGGGAGGGCGGCGGGGGGGAUUAGCGGGGCGGCCCCGCCUCCCCCCUCCGCAUCCCGGCCGCGAGGAGAGGGGGAGAUGGACCCGCGCCGCCGGGACUGGCACCAUGACGUUCGCCGGCUUCGCGCUGGCGCUGAUGAUCGCGGCGAUCCCCGCAGCCCUGCCCGCCGCCUGCCCCGCCGGGGGCUUCGCCGCUGCCCGACGCCCCUGCGAGCGAGGGUCAGUGAGACUCAAGGGUGGCAAGAAUGAGUUUGAAGGUACAGUGGAGGUUAAUUUGAACGGAAUCUGGGGAACAAUCUGUGGGAGCCAUUGGGACAAUAAUGAUGCAACAGUUGUAUGUCAACAGCUUGCGCUUGGUGAAAAAGGUACAGCAAAACACAUACCAUUUUCCAGUCUGGGCCUUGUUCCUGUUUACUGGAGUGAAGUGCGCUGUCGUGGUGAUGAAGAAAAUAUACUGUUAUGUGAAAAAGACAUCUGGCAGGAUGGAACGUGUCCUCAAAAAAUGGCAGCUGGCGUCACAUGUAGCUCUUCCUUGGCCCCUGUCUUUACUCCGAUCCGGCUGGCUGAUGGGAAGAAUGCUUAUGAAGGAAGAGUAGAAGUAUACCAUGCUGGCCAGUGGGGGACCAUUUGUGAUGACCAGUGGGAUGAUGCAGAUGCUGAAGUUGUCUGUCGGCAGCUUGGCCUUGGGGGUGUUGCCAAGGCAUGGGGCCAGGCUUACUUUGGAGAAGGCUCAGGCCCUGUGCUGCUGGAUGAAGUGCAGUGCACAGGAAAUGAACUAUCAAUAGAACAGUGUCCAAAAAGCUCCUGGCGAGAACACAACUGCGGCCACAAAGAAGAUGCUGGUGUUUCCUGCACACCUCUCUCAGAUGGUGCAUUAAGACUAACAAGUGGGAAAGGCAGUCAUGAGGGACGCCUGGAAGUCUAUUAUACUGGGCAGUGGGGCACAGUCUGCGAUGAUGGGUGGACAGAGCUGAAUACACAGGUGGUUUGCCGACAGCUGGGAUUUAAGCAUGGAAAAAGUGCACCUGAGAGCUACUCAGAAGGAAUCUCUGGGCCCAUCUGGUUGGACGAUGUCCGCUGCUCUGGAAAGGAGACAAACCUUCUGCAGUGCUCAAGGAGAGAGUGGGGAAAACAUGACUGCAGCCAUCAGGAGGAUGUCAGACUCAUUUGCCAUCCAGAUAAUGACAGCCAUAAACUCUCCUUUGGUCCUCCCAUCAGGCUGAUGGAUGGUGAAAGUAAGAAGGAAGGACGUGUAGAGAUUUUUAUCAAUGGCCAGUGGGGCACAAUUUGUGAUGAUGGAUGGUCUGAUAAGGAUGCAGCUGUAGUCUGUCGACAGCUUGGCUACAAAGGUCCAGCUAGAGCAAGGACAAUGGCAUAUUUUGGGGAGGGCAAAGGCCCGAUCCACGUGGAUAAUGUGAAAUGUACAGGAAAUGAGAGAUCCUUGGCAGACUGCAUUAAGCAGGACAUUGGGAGGCACAACUGCCGGCACAGCGAGGAUGCAGGGGUGAUCUGUGAUCACUUAAGCAAGAAGGCCCCCGGGAACAGCAAUAAAGAUUCUCUUGCUUCGGUUUGUGGUCUGAGGUUACUACAUCGUCGACAGAAGCGAAUAAUUGGUGGGAAAAAUUCUUUACGGGGUGGCUGGCCAUGGCAAGUUGCACUUAGACUGAAAUCUUCCCAUGGUGAUGGAAGACUCUUGUGUGGUGCUACUCUCAUCAGCAGCUGCUGGGUCCUCACUGCUGCACAUUGCUUUAAAAGGUAUGGCAACAACACUCGAAACUAUGCUGUGCGGGUCGGAGACUACCACACACUGGUACCAGAAGAGUACGAGGAAGAAAUUGGAGUCCAACAGAUAGUGAUGCAUAAAGAGUACAGGCCUGACAGCAGCGACUAUGACAUUGCGUUGGUGAGGCUACAAGGGCCAGAGGAGCAGUGUGCCAGGUUCAGUACCCACGUCUUACCUGCUUGUUUGCCAUUAAGGAGAGAGAGACCCCAGAAAACUGCUCCCAACUGUUAUAUCACUGGAUGGGGUGACACAGGAAGGGCUUAUUCAAGAACAUUGCAACAGGCUGCCAUCCCCUUACUUCCCAAGAGGGCAUGUGAGGAACGUUACAAAAGAAGAUUCACAGGGAGAAUGCUCUGCGCUGGAAACAUCCAGGAACAGAAACGCGUUGAUAGCUGUCAAGGAGACAGUGGUGGGCCACUGAUGUGCGAACGCCCAGGGGAAAGCUGGGUUGUGUACGGUGUGACCUCCUGGGGCUACGGCUGUGGAGUGAAAGAUUCUCCAGGUGUCUACACAAAAGUGUCAGCUUUUGUACCCUGGAUAAAAAGUGUGACCAAACUAUAAAUGUCCAUAAUGAAAACCAAACUAUUAACAAAGUUUGAGGCAGAACAACUUGAACAGCACAGGCAGUGCUCAGCUCGGGCCCACAGUGGGUGGAAAUAGUCACAUGUUCCCAAUUCAUGUGUUUUUCUUCUUGUUAAAUCCAAGCUGUAUAUACACCACCUUUCAAGUCAUGGAUUACUAUCCAAACAAAAUCCCUCUGUGUUAAGGAAGUUUAUAUAUUGUACGAACAAGUUACCGUGCAUCUAAGAUAAGGGGAAAAGCAAUAGCCCGCUUACAGUAAACUUGGAGGACAGCUGGAGAGUUCACUACAAGAUGCACUGCCCACAGGCAGACUAAUAGCUCCAAGCUAUUUAUGCUCCAAGCUUCUCUAGAAUUAAUUACAGAUCUCAAAAUUAAUCUACAGUCUGGUUUAUUUAACCAGUUCUUGACUGUUUCCCUAUUGUUCCUGUGAUCUUACACUCGACCCUGUUAAUUUUGACUCGUUUCAUUAGCUACUGAGACCAUUAAGCAGGCUGAUUCUUGUUAAGAAAUUCUGAGUAUGUAUUAAACAUUGGAAAGGAAAACAAUUGUCAAUAAUCAGAUUCCCAGCUAUUCUGAUAACCGUUCUCACAGCUUCGUUUGCAUAACGUACAUUCCCAAGUAAAACAGGUAGUACGGUGGAAGUUAAGUUUCCCCACAAACAUCCUGCACAGCUGGAAGAGCUAGAUCAAAGACAAAUUACCUCUUGUUUUCCUUCCUCUAGAUAAAUACCAUGUCUUCUUUCUGAAAUUCAUGGGUUUUAGUACCUACAGCAUUUUGGAGAGGAUUUACUUUCCCUACUUAUCACUAGCUGUCAGUAGGGUAUCAGACUAACAGACAAAUGUCCCAAUACCUGCAUUGCUGGUCUGGAGGGUCUUUACACAAGCAACAUUAAGAACCUCUGUCAAUCCCACAAGUUUUAAGCAUGUACAAUGCAAAUACUGCACAUAUUGAGCCAAAACCUGCCUGGAAAGGACUAUGAAGUCUUAAUGAUUUUCUCAAGAUAAACACUUAUAUAACUCUCUCCUGCUUAGUCACAACACUGGUUCAGAUUGUUUCCGGUAAGAGUUACGUAGUUUUCAGUGACUUCUAAGUAUUGACACACCUCAAUUGCAUUUAAUUCCUUUUACCAACACUGUUCCCCACACUAUGAAAACCUCAAUGUUUUAUCAUAAAAAUGCACUAAUUAAAACUUAGUUGAUGUAUAAGACAAACACAAACUCACGAUCCUUUUAGAAAGGGCCACCUCAUUGAACUUGCCGUGUUACCACCUCAGUGCAACACUUGCAGGUUAUCAGUCUUGAAGAUACCUGCAACUUAACUAGUCAUGAGCAAGACGGGGAAGGUCAGUGAUCCUCUGUAACCCGUCAAAAGCCAUUCUGACUAUGUGCAAUGUGCUUUACAUGCCACAUUAACAAACAUACUUUUAAAAAUGCAAGUUCUGUGGGCCUUAAACAAGUGUCUCCAGCCAGACAAGUGUGGCAGUUGUGUGUCACCACAGAGUGACUGUGCAAACCGUGACUACCAGUGGCUGUUUUCCUGUUUCCUAGCCCCAAACAUUCUGGCUGUGACAGCAUUGUGUGGCCGCCUGUGAACAAAGUGGGGUUCUUGUAUUCAUAGUGUAAGUGGGCAAUCCCUCAUUUCUGUGUGGUUGUGUGUCUCUCUGGUGGUGUCCAAAUAUCCCAGACAACUCAAUUUGUAUAUAAAAGCUUCAACAAUAUUGCAGGAACCCAUGCGAUUGAAGACUUGGCUGUUAAUGUCUUUCCAACCUCAAACUUCGUUUUCAAUGGUCACAACUAGUUUAAAUAUCUUGUUGGAAGUGGUGCUAAACUAGUACACAAGGUGCUUUAAUGUAUUUUAGUUUUCUGUUUCAAAUUGUGUGAAAAUAUUUUAUUUAAAAUGUUAAAAACCAUAGUAUUGUGACCACCUACUGUCAGACCUAUGUCAAACACUUGGCUAGCAAACUUUAAAACCAUUUAUGUUGAAUUAAAACAUAGCCCUUUUGAUUAAAGGAAAGGGAAAUACAUCUGUCAAAACGUGUCUACUUGUACCAUCAAAGCUUUGCUGUACAAGAACCAUUUCUUUGAGACUUGUGGUGAAGUAGGCUAUAUAGUGCAAUACAUGCGUUGUGUACAGGGGAAAUUUUCUUUUAGAAAGAGUUACACCACAGAAAUACAAUACUUGGUGGAGGGGAAAUUGAGUCUGCAUACUAUGUUGCAUCUAGAUUUAGUACAGCAAUUUAUUAGUUUUGCUCUUUUAAUAGGAUGCUUUAUUAGAUUUUAAAAUGUUGCACUACUGUUUUCAUGCAGAGAGCAUGCCUUCUCAGUUUCUAACAUAAAAUGAAAUUGUCUUUAUGUUAUGCCAUUCUGAUUCUUGUUCAAUGAGCAUGAUAAUGUAAAUGUAUAUAUUAAAAACUGCCACACUGACUUGAACUUCUACAUUAAUCCUGUGGAUAACGUAGAAGCAGAUGCUGCAGGAAUACGAGCUGGGUAAAUGUGAGCUUUGUCAAGUAAAAAAGGGUGCUCUAGAAAGCAGGUAAGCUUUGGGCUGUUUUCUCAAGAGAUAAAAGUUUGUUCUGUACGA